UAAAACACAAACAACAAGGCGAGUCUGAGCGAGACUGAAAAAGUCAUUGCGACCGUUGCAGAUAUAAGAAAACAAAUUUAUAUAUAAUUCAGCAUCGAAACUCGUACAAGAUAAGUGUUCAAAGCAGAGACAUUCAAGUUCAUAUCAUUGGUAGCUGCGGAGCACGUAUGUGCUACAGGAGUGAAUACUUUCAAGAAGAUCCAACUCUGGCUAGUUUAGCCUAGCUGGCCAGCAAGCUCUCUUUGGCACAUUUCGCAGAAAAGGUGUCAGGAGUUGGGAGCUGAAGGCUUGCCUAUGUAAAAACAAAGUCUCAAAUUCAGAACAUAAAAAAGAGAUCAAGAAUUUAGAGAAGAGAUUUACUCAGCAAUAAAUACGGCAUUACAAACUGCCCUGAAUUUUUUUCUGACAGCAAUUGCUGUGAUUAAUGCUGCCACAAGUUCUUAAUUAAACAGUGUAUUUUCUCUCAAGUGUUUUCAGCUUGAUUCUUUUUAUUAAAGAUCCGAAGUUAUUGGCACAUUAGGGUGGUGUGCCAUCUUUUUGGAGCUUCUGGCUUGAUAUCCAUCAGCCUUUAUCUCCCUGAAACUGGCAGCUAUUGCAAAGCUCGUACAGAGUGUAGAAUUACCAAGUCCACCUCAGCACACAGAACCACCACACAGGUUCUGACAGAACCACCUCAAUCCUGUCCCCCGUUCAUCUGGUCCUUAAAAGUCCUUUUCUUUGGACGAGAAAUCUUGAGCCCUCUGGACACACAGAAUAUGACUGCUGAGACACUUAACUUCGGUCCAGAAUGGCUCCGUGCACUAUCCAGAGGGGGGAGUGUAACGUCCCCUCCCCCUUCCCCUGCGAUGCCAAAGUCCAAGUUGGCCGACUACCGCUAUGGCCGCGAGGAGAUGUUAGCACUUUAUGUCAAAGAUAACAAGAUCCCUGAGGACAUGCAGGAUAAGGAGUUUGCUGUUAUCCUGCAGGAAGAGUCUCAGCAGCCAUUGGCCUUGGUGCCCCUAACUGAAGAGGAGCAGAGAAACUUCUCCAUGUCUGUGAACAGCGUGGCAGUGCUGAGGCUUAUGGGUAAAGGAGGUGGGGCUGUACCAACAACUGUAGCUAGAGGGCGUGGAAGCACUCGAGGAAGCCGAGGGAGAGGCAGAGGAGAGGGUGGAUUCUACCAAAGAAGUGUGGAUGAAGAGGUCGGGUUUGGCCUUGGAAGAGAGAUGCUCCGCAGCCAGAGCUGGGAUGACAGAGGUGAGCGGCGCUUUGAGAAGCCUUUGAGGCGUGAUGGUGGCCGUGGUGGGUUUGAGGAGGGCGGGGCAGGAGGAAGGAAGGACUACACCCGCUCGGAUAGUGAUAACUGGCGAACACUCAGAGAGGAGCUGGAGGGCGAUGAUGGGACGGAGCCUGGGGGAAGCUGGAGGAUUGCAGGUGGUCGGCGUGAAGAUGGUGGCCCUCGUUCAGCAGGUUGGCGGGAUCACAGCAGUGGAGAUGGACGUCGUAGGAAGUUUGACUUUGACUUCCGGGAUGGAGAGAGUGGGCGGAGAAGGGCAGGAGGUGAGGGUGGAGAGGAAGAUAGAGAUGGCCUACCUGAGUGGUGCACAGAUGAAGAAGAGGGAGAGAUGGGAACCUUCGACUCUUCUGGAGCCUUCAUGUGCAUUAAGAAGAAUCCCAGAGAUGCAAUCCCUGAAGACCAGGAACUGGAAUUUGAGGCUCUGGAGGAGGAAGAGGAGAGUGAUGAGGAAAAGAAGGACAUCCCUGCUGAUAAACGGGAGGAUUGUGAGGCAGCAUCUGUGUGUGAGGGCAAUGGGAAGUCAGCAUCUCCAAUUGCCGUGUCUGCUCCUGGCCCUAUACACCCUUCAGAGCAAGAGUCCCCCAAACCGACUGUCACUCCUCCCCUAAAACCUGCACCCCAGGCAGCUAAAGGUGCAGCUCCGGCAGAUGGCAGCACACAGCAAACACAGAACUCAUCCCCUCCUCUUUCCAGUGGUACUGACCUCCCAACAAUAGGGGGGGACACUGAGGAAGAAGAUGGCAUGAAGCACCUUCAGCAGGAGGCUGAAAAAAUGGUGGCGUCUCUGCAGGAUACGUCCCUCGAGGAGGAAUGUUUUACUCAAGCACUUCAGGAGAGCCACAUCACUGUGGCACACACACUCACACACCCCACUGCGCACACGCACUCUCAUUCCACCCCACAUAUGCUCCCACAUUCUGCCAGCGCUCUGCCCCUCUCCCACGAGUCCGCCAUGAAGUGGUUCUACAAAGACCCUCAAGGAGAGAUUCAAGGUCCAUUCAAUACUGUGGAGAUGUGUGAGUGGUUUCAGGCAGGUUAUUUUGCCAUGACCCUGCUGGUCAAACGUGGCUGUGAUGAGGGAUUUCAGCCCUUGGGUGAAGUCAUCAAGAUGUGGGGGCGUGUGCCUUUCUCUCCUGGCCCUUCCCCUCCUCCCCUGCUGGUAAGGAAAAAGGGGAACAUGGACCAGGAGCUGUUAAAGAAACAGUUAGAACAAGCUGCCACUGCAGCUUUGUACCAACAACUUCAGAUGAGAUUUCAGCACAUAAACAGGUGUGGGGAGACUGGAAUAAUGCCUGCUAUGAACAGGUCAAUGUCAGUGCCAGACACCGGGCCCUUGUGGGAGAUGCCUACCUCAGUCUCUCAGCAGUUGGGCGGUGAGAACAGUCUGUGGGACUUAACCAUGAGUAACUCUGCUCAGGGUCCAACCCUUGAACAUUUGCAGAAAAUCCAGCAGGACAGGCGUGAAGCUGAACUCAGGGUGAAGCGCGAAGAGGAGGAGAGGAAACGAAGGGAGGAAAAGCGUCGGCAGCAGGAGGAACAGAAGAGGAGAGAGGAGGAGGAACUUUAUAGACGAAAACAGCAGUGCCGUCAGCAGCAGGAGUUGAUCAUGAAGUUAUUUCAGCAGAGCCAGCAGCAGAAUGUAUCAGGGGGUGCAGGGUGGAGUGGAAGCCAGGCAGGAGCUCUAUCUCUGGGCAAGGCCACAGGAAAGAGCAUGGGACUUCUGGAGAUGGAGGCAGAGAGGCUUCACAAACAGCAGCAGCAGAGAGCUCAGCAGCAAAGACAUGGAGGUUUGACGAUGGGCCAGUGGGGUGAUGGCUCAGCAGGGAUGAGGGUAGGAUCUGGCAUGGAAGGGAAGGUUGGAGGUAGCAACCCUGCUAUGGGCAUGUGGGAUGAGGCCAUGAAGAACCAAACCAGCCAUCGCAACAUCGGCCUGAAGAACAGCCGCAGCAGCCCCUCUCUCAGUGAGCAGUACAUGCUAAAUCGCCGUAAGCGUACUGAUGACGAGGAUAGACUUCUGAAGCUACUUCAGGGGAUGAAAGCUCAGGAUGGUUUCACCACUUGGUGUGAACAGAUGCUCCAUGCUCUCAACACCUCUGCAAAUAACUCCUCUUCACUGGAUGUGUCCACCAUUGUGGCAUAUUUGAAAGAGGUGGAGUCACCAUACGAAGUUCAUGACUUCAUCCGCAUUUAUCUGGGCGAUACCAUUGAAGCCAAAGAGUUUGCCAAGCAGUUCCUGGAGCGCCGUGCCAAACAGAAAGCAAAUCAUCAGAGACAACAGCAGCAGCAGCUUUCCAAGGAGGUCUCUGGAUUGAACAUGAACUUCCCCCUGCAGUCGAUGUUCCAGGCAGCUCACAUGAGUAAGGGUGGCAGUUUGUACGACACUCAGGGAGGAAAAGCAAAGAAAAAGUCUAGCAUGAUGCUCCACUCUGACCCCAGUAUCCUCGGCUACUCAUUCCUGGGGGGAGGUGAGCUGGAGCAGGUGGAGGAUUACUGACCCAGCCCGUCUACUUGAGUUUACCUGAGGCCUUAAACCUGGAGCAAAUCAGCAGAGGAAUGUGCACUGAUUAGCGAGGAAGGGGUGGGACAACACAUGUCCAUGCCCCUAUCCCGCUUUCUCUCUUUCUCUGAGAGAGAGGAGCAAAAGAGAGGGUUAUUGGGAGGUUCAUUGUGAAGAGGAGAUUCUCUUCCACCUCCCAUCAGUAAAGCACCUUAUCGAAACUUGCACUUUAAUGUUUUCAUAUUUGAAAUUGAGUUUGUCUUUUUUACAAUGCAGAAAUGUGUGAAUAUAUUGUUGCAUAUAUUAUGUGUAGAAUAUUUGUAUGAGUAUACAUACAAGAGGUAGGAACAGAGUGGAACACAGAGGUUAAGAACGUUCUUAGGGGAGAUUAGAGUCGACUCUCUCCCCUAAAAAACAAACACUGUUGUAUUUUUAUGUUAUGGUAAAGCUAUAAAAAUCUGAAUUUGAAAACUUGAAGAUUUGCACUUGUUUAACAAAAAAAACAAAAAAAAAAAAAGAA